AUGUUUGAAAAAUCUUACCUGCCUAAUUUCUCGGAAGAAAUGUUUACUGUAUACAAACGAAUGGCGCGUCAAGUACCCGUUUACAAACUAAAGGAUGAUGCAGGUGAAAUCUUAGAUGGAACGUUUUAUGAACCCGAAUUACAGAAAAUAAUUAAGAACGAUGAUGUGUACCGCGUUGAAAAGAUUUUGCGCAAGCGAAAGCGUAAAGGAACAGUUGAAUACUUUGUAAAAUGGAAAGGGUACCCAGACAAGUUUAAUAGCUGGAUAGCAGAGAGUAAUAUCUCAAAGUUUUGACAUUUUGUGUGAAGCCAAUAUAAGGGUUAUUUUAACUGAAAACAAAUGUUGUUGUGUAUAGUUAUAAAUUAAUAUAAGAACGCCAGGAAUAAAUGUUCAUUUGAACACACGAAACGAUGGAGGUAACACAGUUUUACCUGCAUCUUCCAAGCAAUAGCAGCCUCGAUAAGUUUCCCAACAACACAUUAACGGAGUACCAUGUUGGUUUACCUCAAACCGUUAGCUUGACGGGGGACUGGGAAGUAGCGUUAACAGAAAUUCAUUAUCCUCACAGCUGGAAUAAUGUCCAAGGAAAUUUUGGUAAUCGAUUCUUCCUUCGGAACCAAGAAUUGCCUGGAGUAUGGGAGGUCCUAAUUAUACCACCGGGUCAUUAUUCUUCCAUUGAAGAUAUCUUAUCAAAGAUGAAAGGGCUGAUCGAGAAUGUAAAGCGUUUCAAUAACGAUGUAACAUUUUUCUGCGAAACGUUCACUAGAAAGGUGACUAUUUACCUACAAAAUAACGUAGAACUUUUCUUUGGUAGCAUUGGAUACCUGCUGGGAUUUUCACCAGAAGAAAUUAUUUCUAAUACCUCUACCGCUGAACGACAAGUGGAUUUGGAGUAUGGCUUUCACGACCUUUUCAUUUACUGUGAUCUUAUUCAGUCACAAUAUGUUGGAGAUGCAUUGGUACCUUUGCUUCGAAUUGUUCCUGUAGAAGGAAAGGUCGGGGAGCGAGUCAGCAAAUCGUUUUUGCCCCCCCAAUAUUUACCUGUCAGCAGAAAGCAAUUUGAAACCGUCGAAGUCGAUAUAAAGACAGACACAGGGGAGUCUGUACCAUUUGAGUUUUUGGAGAGUGCUGUUAACACUUCAUUUUCGUCAAAGUGCACCUCAGUACUUUUAAGAUGA